AUGCAUAUUGAAGUACAAGUCGCCCUCAACUUUGUCAUAUCGUAUUUGUACAACAAGCUGCCAAGGCGGCGUGUAAAUAUCUUUGGUGAAGAGCUGGAAAAGGCGCUCAAGGAUAAGUUCCGGGGUCACUGGUACCCAGACAGGCCGUGCAGGGGCUCAGCGUUCCGCUGCUUGAAAACUGGGGGUCCUCUGGACCCUGUAUUAGAGCGAGCAGCGCGGGAGUCUGGCGUGCCGGUCCGCGAUGUGCUUGAACACCUCCCAAGAGAUCUGGCUGUUUGGGUUGAUCCAGGCGAAGUUUCCUAUCGCAUUGGUGAAAAGGGUGCGGUAAAGGUACUUUUCAGCAGCGACGAGAGGGCAGCUGACGAAAGGACCGAUAGAGAGGUAACACGCGCGUUCAACCCCGAGGCGCAGUGCUUCCGGCCAGUGGAGCCGGCGGCGCCGUCGCCGCCAGCGCCGGCAGCCUUCUCGCCCGCGCCGCCAUUCCGCGCUCAGCCGCUGACCUUCACCACGGCCACCUUCGCGCAGACCAAGUUCGGCAGCACCAAGCUGAAAACAAGCAGCAAGCGGGCCAACCGCAUGUCGCCCACUGAGUUCAGCAACUACAUCAAGCAGCGCGCCGUGCAGCAGCAACUGGCGGCGCGUGCGCUCUCGCCGGGCGCCGAGGCGGGCGCCUACUUCGGCACGCGACGCGAAGCCCCUGCACACCUCCUGCUAGCUAACUGA